CCUUAACAGAGCUGACGACAAGCAUUUCUUUUUUUUUCUAGUUGCUCUGCGUGCAAGAUGACCAAGGGUACCUCGAGCUUUGGUAAGCGCCGGAAUAAGACGCACACAUUGUGCAGGCGAUGCGGUCGAUCGUCAUACCACAUCCAGAAGUCAAAGUGUGCCCAAUGCGGGUACCCCAGCAAGAAAAUGCGUUCAUACAACUGGUCUAUUAAGGCCAAAAGGAGGAAGACCACUGGUACUGGUCGCAUGCGUCAUCUGAAGAUCGUUCGCCGCAAGUUCAGGAACGCAUUCAGGGAAGGUGUGCCCAAGCCGAAAGCUGUUGCGACUAAAUAAUUAAGUUAUUUUCACGCUGGUGUAAUUUAUAUAUCUUAAUUUCUCAAUAAAAAUCAACGAAAUUCAAAAAAAAAUCAAGCCAAAAAAA